AUGGAAAACGAUAUAAUUGAUUCACUAAACGAUAUGGGAUAUGUGGGCCCACUUACAAAUGAGGAUACAUUUCUCAAAGCAGUGGAAUGUGGAGCUAAAUCCAUGGAGUUUACUAAGCUGAUUCAUAUCUUAGCAGAUGAAUUAAAAAAAUUCUGUCGAUUGGAGGAAACAGUGAAUGUUAUGAAUGGCCCGGAGGACUCCAGCUCCUUCUUGCUGGAACUUAGUUCAUUUUUAAAGGAACUAGGAUGUCCAUAUAAAAAUUUAGUAACAGGUCACAUGUCUUCUCGUCUACAAAGCAAAGAAGACUGUCUUCUAUUACUGGACUAUUUAAUAUCUGAACUCAUGGCUGCCAGAAUGGUGAAUAUUGAGAGCGAAGGCAAAGAAAAGCAAGGAAUGGAGAUUGUUAUGCAAGAAUCUCCAACAGCAAAGAAUCUGAAAGAAAUCCUCAUUAUCUUGAAGUUCAACAAACCGCCACCCAACAUUUCCCCUGAAAUGCUGUUCUCAAAACUCGAAGCUAAACUAAAAGACACCAUUGCAAAAGAAGGUGAUCAGCUAGUUGGUAAACCUCUAUAUAAUAAGGCCUUAAGUGAGAAGGACUGGAAGCAACUGGAAACUAUUUACAAAGAAAUGUAUGAAGACUACAGGUUGAGGAAAGAAACCCUUAUCACCCGGUUAGAGUGUACUAUACAGAGUUUUCAAUGGUCCGAACGCUUGAAAAAGGACAUAAAUCUCAUACAGAGCGCGUACCGCACAAAACGCGAAAUGUUAAAACCGAAGCCAGAUGUGAAGUUGUCAGACUUUCUAGCGGCAAGAACAUCGCUUUUGCAUGUGGAGAAGACUUCUAGUGCGAGUGUGAGACAGAACACACAGAGUGAAGUCAACAAAGUGAUAAUUGGACAGGUACCAGAUCGUGGAGGCCGUCCCCACGAACAACAGCCUCCGCCACCAGAAAUGCCUUCCUGGCAACAGAGAUCUGCGGGCGGAGGACGCGGAGGCGGAGGCGGAAGCGGAGGCAGUGGUCGCGGAGGCGGCGGCGGAUUUGGUGGACGCGGAGGUUACGAUAGCGGUCGUGGAACUAACGAUGGUGGUCGUGGGGGCUACAACAGUGGACGGGGUGGUUACGAUAAUAAUCGUGGUGGUUACGACAACAGCCGAGGAGGUUACGACAGUGGUCGUGGCGGUUACGACAGUGGUCGAGGCGGUUACGAUAGUGGUCGGGGUGGUUACAAUAGUGGUCGAGGUGGUUAUGACAAUGGUCGGGGUGGUUACGAGGGUGGACGGGGGGGUUACGACGGUGGUCGUGGCGGUCAAGGUGGAAGAGGCGGUCGGGUCCAAGGCGGAUACAGCCAAGCCAGCGGUUAUCAGGCCAGACCUCAAACAGGCCCCGGCGGCUACACUCAAAAUCGCAACCACCAAACAUUUGAAGUUCCUUUCGACGCCGCCAAUCGUUACUGUAACGGCGAAGGCACAAGGGAACGUGAUCUAGCUGAUGUUCCAUAUAAAUACAUGGAGCAGCAAAACCCGAACUCUUACUUAAGGCAACAAAGGCAAGGGGGUGAUCAGAGGAAGGGAUUUUAUUUUCCGGCCGAAUCGACCUCAGAACGGCGCCAAUAUGAGGACAGAGAAAGACAAGGACAAGGUAGAGGCGGGGGCUACAGAGGCGGGAGACGUUGA